AUGACCUCUCUUCAUCUCAUUCCUCUUCAACACAAGUCGGAAGAGCUCUUUGAAAUAGCUCUCGAACAAAACAAUUCUUCUUCUCCUUAUUCGAAUAUCACCCAACUGGUCAAUUCCACCAACCUCAUGGCCAGUUAUCAAUAUACUGUUUUUGCAAUUAAUGGACCUUUUCUCGUGGUAUUCUCUUUGACUAGUGUUGUUAUUUUCUCAAUCAUGAUCAAACUCAGAAAUCAAACAUCAUCCUCUCAUCGAAGUGAAGCAAAGAAAAAUCAAAGAAUUUUGUUUUCCCUAUUGUUGAGUCUUUCCCUUUGUUCUCUUUUAAACAUGUUCACCAGAAUUGGAUCAGAGUUGACCUAUAUCGGUACUCAACUUAAAACUGUUUUAAUAGUUUUUUCAAUACUGAAAGGAAUUGAUCGAAGUGUGCUUUGUCUGACCACACUAUUUGAAUUUCUUCUCAUAACAUUUGUUUCUCAUGUGUUUUUGGGGACCACCAGAAAAGUUGGAGCCAUUUCAGAGAAAAAAUACAGGAUAUUACGAAUCCUGGUAUUGCAUGUUUUCACCACUGUUUUGACAAUUGUCAUUAUUACAGUUGCAAUUUUUUGUCUUGUCGUCGGCGGAGUUUCAGCAGCCGAAUUGGGAACCAUGAUUGCCAAUUACCUUGUGUUGUCUAGUCUCAUUGUUGCUGCUCUCGCUUUUGCAUUGAUAACUUCUCUUCAACUUUCAUUCAUGCAUUAUGUUGGAUUUUUAUUGCUUCAAUCGAUUCAACAAGGAGAACAGAAAAUUCUUCAAAGUCCAUCUUUGAGUACUUUUCCUAAAACUCAAGUAGAAGAGAAUCCAAAAUCUCAGUCUUUUAAAACUCUACCUCCUCUUUCAGUCCUUGAAAGUGUGAACAUGAAACGAGUGGCCUUAAAAAAAGCCAUUUCCAUCUUGAUUGGUGUCACAUUCAGUUUAUUAUUUCAAUUUUUUGGUUUCUUUUGCAUUCCCUUAGCUGUGGUGAAUAGCACCUUCAUGUUAAUAUUUUAUGGUUUGCAUGACAUAACGUUGGCUUUUAUAUUGAUUUUAUUUGUUAUUAUUUAUCGACCUCUUCAUGACAUUCAAGAGACUUACAAUGAGUCUUUUCUUAAGCAACAACAACAACACAGAUCAACAACCACUACUUUGGAACCCCAUAGCAAAAAAGUGGUUGCAUCGACCAGUGUUUGA